UCAUCUUUGUGCGCCAUUUAAUCUAGCUCUUUAUAUUAGAUUGGUAUAGUAUUGCGAUUUGGUUCUGCACGCGGAAGAAAUUAUAUGUUGCAGCAUCACUGGGAUAUGCGUAGAAACAAACUGAAGACAUGAGCGGUGGAUUGGCACCAAGUAAAAGUACAGUCUAUGUGUCGAAUUUGCCAUUUUCUUUGACUAAUAACGACUUGCAUAAGAUUUUUACUAAAUAUGGAAAAGUUGUCAAGGUGACAAUAGUGAAGGAUAAAGUGACAAGAAAAAGCAAAGGUGUGGCUUUUGUGCUUUUCUUGGAUAAGGAAUCGGCACAGAACUGUGCCAGAGCCCUCAACAAUAAGCAAUUGUUUGGCAGAACAGUGAAGGCCAGUAUUGCUAUUGACAAUGGGCGAGCUCCCGAAUUUAUCAGAAGACGCAACUAUACAGACAAGACGAAGUGCUACGAAUGUGGUGACUCAGGUCACUUAAGUUAUGCAUGCCCCAAAAACAUGCUCGGCGAAAGGGAACCUCCUAAGAAGAAAGAAAAGAAGAAGAAAAAGAAAGUAGCAGAACCCGAAGAAAUUGAGGAAGAAGAAAGUGAAGAUGAAGGAGAAGACCCUGCCCUUGACAGUCUCAGCCAAGCAAUUGCUUUUCAGCAAGCAAGACUUGAGGAAGAGGAAAUCAGACGGAGGCAGAAUAUAGAGAAUGCUAACCAAGCUUCCACCUCUGAGGAGCUGAGGCGACCAAGGAUUAAAAAGAGUGCAUAUUUCAGUGAUGAAGAAGAGCUGAGUGACUGAGAUCUGUGAAUUCCUCGAAACAGGAAACUUUUACAACACAUUAGAAUGGGGGGGUCUAGCUCUUGGUUCCUAGAGGGACUUUUGUUUUCUGUUUUUAUUCCACCCCACCUUUCAGCUACAUAGUUUUUCUAAUGAUAAAAUUAGCUUCAUUACUGUAAUACUGUGUAGGUGUUUUAAAGCAGACUCUGUGGUGUUUAAAAGGUAACAAUAUAUUUUAUGAAGUGAAGAUUCCAAACAGUCAAGUGUAAAAUACCUUAAGAAAUCAUUUAUAUAUGUAUAUAAGAAUUAUUAGCUUGUGUCAUUAAUUGCUCAGGUUGGAACAAAAAACAUAAAAGUUUAAAGUAAUGUAUUUCUUAACUGCAAUGGAGAUAAAACUUUUAUUUCAGAACAAUCUACACAAUGUAUUAUAUUGCAUUUUCACAUAUUAGGAAUAAAAUAAUCAUGUUACACCUUAUUUCUUAAACCCUAUUUGUCACGGUUUACUUGAUGCUUCUAUUUUUUGUCUGUCUAAGUAUGAAGCAAGAAUCAAUCACUUCCGCAGGAAUAGGUAACUGCAGUUCUCAAGGGCCAGGGUCCUAUAGGUUUUACAGAUAAUACAUAUGUAAAAAGGAGGUGAUUUCACAUCUUUCCAGAUAGUUCAGUUAAGUAAUUAACAUUAAAAAUAUGUCUCUUAAUUCAUUAUUUUUGUGUUCUCCAACAUUUGUAGAUAUAAGUAUGGCAAUACUAAGCAUUUUUUAUCAAGAUUACUCAUAACAAGUAUUAUUUAUUUUUUCAUAAGGUUGUUAGCCUUAUGCUGGGUUCAAUUGGUGGUUCUGUUCGAAGCCUGGGGCCCUUCCUGCGAGGAGUUUGUGUUCUGUUGUGGCCAUGUGGGUUUUGGUUGGUGCUCCAGUUUACUCCUGCUGUCCAAAGACAUGAGAUCUGGCAUUUCUAAAUUGUCCCCCAUUUUCUGCAAUGGACUGGCUUCCCAUUCAGGGUGUCUUAUCUUAUCUAAAUAAAGGCUGCAUCUUGCUUGUAUAUCAGCCUAAUAUAAUAUUACAGCUUUCAUUGUACAGUAUCUAUGUAUUAUAUCAUUUAUUAUAUAAAAAGUAAAGAUUGAAACCUGUGUAAAUCAGCACUUCCAAGCUUUGAUGUAUUACAAGAAGUGGUGUGGAACACAAACUUUUAACCACAUUAUUUCAAUGAUCAUAAAGGACAUAGAAUCCAUUUUCCAGUGUGUUUUAGAAUAAAUGUUUUAACCAUAUUUUUGCAAAAAUGUUUUUACAGAUAUUUACAUAAAGUAUAAUCUCCUGGAAUAUAGUGGUAGAAUCACUUUAUUUAAAAAAUGUCGUUGAAUACUGUUUUCAAUGCUUACUGGAAAAAUAUGGGCUUAUUUUUAGAACAUCUGUAAAUUCAAAAUGCUUUGUAUAAAGUUAAAUUCAAAGCCAAACUAUAAUUGUUUAACAAUACCUGACCAUGAAACAAACAGUAUAAUGUGGUUUAUCAUUUUACAAAAUAAAUUGCUGAUACACUUC